AUGAAAAUGAGCAGAAUCCGUUCGAGAAGCUGAGCUGCCACGUAAGAAACUACUGAAAAUAACAGUCUAGGCUUUACUCACACAGAUGAUAACUUUUUGCAUCUUACGAAGACUUCUGAUAGUGUCUUUGAAAUGAUGCCCUUUUCUACUUUGUUGAUAUUAUCUGUAAUAUUUGUUUUUGUCACUGGGGGAAAACUUCCCGAUCCUGAAGUUAAAAUUGAGGUGAUGCACAAACCCCUCACGUGCCAGCGCAAGUCUAAACAUGGAGACAUGCUUCUUGUUCAUUAUGAGGGGUUUCUGGAGAGCAAUGGAACCAUGUUCUUUUCCAGCCGCACCAGUGGGGACAAAAAUCCCGUCUGGUUUACUCUUGGGACCCAGGAAGUGCUCAGAGGUUGGGACAAGGGUCUGCAGGGCAUGUGUGCAGGAGAGCGCAGGAAGCUGACCGUGCCCCCAUCUCUGGCUUAUGGAAAGGAGGGAAAAGGUAAGAUUCCUCCAAGCAGCACUCUCAUCUUUGACAUUGAGCUGAUGGAGAUCCGGAAUGGUCCAAGGUCACACGAGACCUUCCGGGACAUGGAUCUCAAUGAUGACUGGAAGCUUUCCAAACAGGAGGUGAAAGAGUACCUGAAGAAGGAGUUUGAAAAGCAUGGCUACGCACCUAACGACACUGAAAACCAAGUUAUGGUUGAUGACAUCUUCAAAAACGAAGAUGAAGAUGAAGACGGUUUUAUAUCUGCCAGGGAAUUCACUUACAUACACGAUGAGCUCUGAAAGGAUUUUCUCUGCUUUGGAUCACACUUUUAGGUCAUUUAAAGAGUUUACCUCUGAAACUGUUUAACUAAACUCACGUUUUGGGCUUGUUGACAGAAUUUAUUAUGUUUUCUGUAACUAAUGAAAGAAAGCAGGAUUUCUUAAGUUCAGUAUCAUGUGUAAUGUAUUUAUUUGCAUUGAUAAAUGUCACAUCCCCUUUACUUAAGGUUGCUUAACUAAAUAUUUUUGGAAACAUG